CAACAAAUGCAGCAAAUACAACUAUGAAUCGUACCACACAUGGCACCAGCAACAAUAAAUAUCAGCAGCUAAAGCGUAAAUCACAUGAAACGCGUCAAAAACUCUUACAACAAAGUCAACAACAAUUGUUGUCGUCAUAUGACAGCAAUUUAUUGCACGAUAGGCACAACACACUAACACUAACGCCGCAACUAACGCAUAUGAACAGCUCAAGCACACAAGCCCUGACCACUGCGCACAUGGCCAACAUAAGUCCAAUUAAACGCAGCACAUUGAGUUUGCAGCGGCAACAUGAGUGCAGCAACGACAGCACUGACAGCAAUGUUAACGAUUUGACAGCAAUUGCUGCGCAAUAUUACAACAUAGACGAGGAUUAUCGUAAGAAUCUAUUCGGCACCAUACCCAGCCGAAAAUUUGCUAGCCAAAGUGCAGCGCAGAUGUGCAACAAUAAUAGUCCACAGCUGAGUAAUGACGAAGAUGAGACUGUCAUUGUCAAUGCCGCUUUUGAUGAGAUCUUUGCUGGUUAUAGUGGCGUAGAUGAAGAUGAUGAUGAUGGUGAUUGUGAUGGUGAUGGUGAUAAUGAUGACGAAUUUACCAGCGGUGGUAAUGCAGUGACAAGCAAUUCACUGACACCAGGCGAAGAAAAUUUGGUAAGUUUGAGUGAACUCGACGACGAUGUUUUCAAAGCUGCUAGUGUUAAUGAUAUUAACAAUUUUGGACGUCCUGGUAAUACGCCUAAGCGACUAACAACGCUCGCACAUAAAAAACCAGCACCACCACCACCACCACUAUUGAGUAAAUCAAAUUCGCACAUACAUACACUUGCAGAUGACAACAGCAAACGGCUUGGUAAUGGCAUACAAGUGCCGAGUCGACGCGCCAUAAUGCCGCUAUCGGCACAAAAAGAACGUGCCACCACAGUAAGCAAUUUGUUUGACCGUUUGAAGUCCACACAAAUUAAACCAAAGCACAUACUAAGUAAAACUCCAUCUGAUAAUUUACUGAAACGUGAGCAGCUAAAUGUAAAAAUGCCAACAGCAAGUAGCAGCCUGCACAAGUUUCCACCACAAAUGGACUUGCACCGUGAAGUAGAAGGCGAAGAAAAUACGGACAAUAUGGAUAACGAUUUCUUGCGGGGCUCCACAUUAAGUCAGUCAUUCGUUAAGCACUUAAAGUUACGUAAACAAACUAAACCACCAGCACCUGCACCUCCAGUUCUUACGCCCCAGCAUAACACUAUUAAAAGUCGGUUACCUGUUGGCACCAAAAAAUCUCAAAUAAAUAGAAGCUCGGCCUCAGUAUCAAACAGCACGACCACUUGCAGUCCACUACGUAGUGUUCUCAAUCAUUUGCCAAAACGUUCAAAGUCCUCCAAUGAGCUAUUACUGGACGAUUUAGCCAUACAGAGUCGCAAGUACAAUCAAACAAAUAGAAGGUAUUUUGAACCAACUACAAAUUUAAAGGCAAUUAGUCGAAGAGCGGACGGUGCCAGUUUUAAAAGACAGAGAUUUUCGGUAUUACGAGGUAAUGCUGCUGAAAUCUAAAUAAUUGACUCCAAAUUCAUUGCAAUAUAUUUAGAGAAAAAUCAAACGUUUAUUUACUUUGUUAAUGAAUAUAAGUAAUAUCAAUUAAGUAUUUUUCUGUUUUAAAUCAUUGCAUUCCUGAUAUACCUAAAAUACC